AUGGAUGCACUGACGACUCUAAGAGCGGAAAUUAAUCGUCUUGAUUUUACUCAAGAAGAACAAAUCAGAUUACGCAUAUACUUCACUGAAAACGUUGAAAAAAUAAUUGUUGCCGCAUCUUUUCUUCCCGAUUUCGAAACGGAUGAUGGGAAGCGAGAUUACUUGAAGUCUUUAAUAGGAGAACUUACCGAGCAAGAGCUUCUCCGAACAGUUGUUUCUAUUCCCAAAAUGCAUACUAUUAAGAUGGAGAUCACAAUAAAGGUAUCAACAAGAAAAAUUCCUAAUAUUCCGGUUCUGGAAUGGGAUGAUUUUCUUGCUAAUGCCUUUUAUGCAUCAAAAACUACUGACACAAUUAACCGUAGGUUUAGCAGGCCUAUCGUCACUGGGGCUUUAUUUGUUGAAGAUUCUGUUGUUGACCUGUUCUUGAAAACGAUGGAAACUAUCAACAACCAGAGAUUAAUUCUUUUGCCAACGCCAGAACGUUGGAGUAAGCGCUAUGUGUUUCGGACUGUUAAAGGUCAACCAGAUGCUAUACGUUGUGGUGCUGGUAACAUACAGCUUUUAAAUGACGGAAAUGCUUCUCUGAUACUUUCAGCAGUUGAGGUUAAAACUGAACAGUUGAUGGGGACUUUGGUAGCUGAUGGAACCGAAUUGGUUGCUGCAUAUAACACGGCAUUGACGGCAGAAGAUGAUGGAACCACUGCGUAUACUAGGCAUCAAAAAAUUAUCAGAAUCGUUAGGCAACUUUUUGGAUAUAUGGUCAUUAAUGACCUCAAAUAUGGCCUUCUCACAACUUAUAUUCGAACAUGGUUUUUUUAUCGUCAGGAUGGAAAUGAGGACAAUAUUUACAUCUCUCCAGCAGUUCAUAUUAAUCAAAGUCACACAGGUGAUAGUGCAUCGUUCCUUGAAUGUAUGUACUAUUUUGAAAAUAUAUCUACAGCAAAUUCAACCGCACAUUCUUCAUCACCUAAUACUUGUGGUGAUGAAAACAAUGAUAGUGAAGACAACAAUGAUGAUAAAGAUAGGGACAAGAGCAGAAAAUAUAGAGAAAAAGAUGAUGAUGAAUAUCGGCCAUCAAGUUCUAAGAAGAGUGUCUUUAGGAGGACUUUAAGAGUAAUUACUCGCAGCCAAUCAAAAAAAGGAAAAGAAAAAUUAAAUGAUAUUGAAUUUCUCAAUAGCAUGGAAAAUUAUAAACGUAGUCAAUUCUCAUUUGGCGAUGUGUGGGGAAAUGGUCGAUCUGGUGUUAUUUUUAUGACCAAGCUUCACGAACAAGUAGGAGCUCUUAAAAUGGUCGACCUAUAUAAAAAAGAGUAUCUGUUACAGGAAAUCCUAAAUGAACUUAAAAUGUACCUUGGACCUCUCAAAGAAAUUCAAGGAAUAUGCAUACCAAAGCUUCUUAAAUAUGGAGUUCUCCAUGAAGCAUUUGCUUUUAUACUUACAUCGUUUGCCGGAGAGUCAUUUGCAAAUAAAAGAAAUAUCACAGAAAAAGAAAAGCAAUUGGCCAUUGAUGGUUUACGGGAAAUACAUGACAAAGGAGUGAAGCAUGGGGAUAUUAGACUGGAAAAUAUAAUUAUGGAAAGGAAUGAGCUAACAGGUCAUUCUUGUGUACAGUGGAUUGAUUUUGCGUGGAGCAAAGUGGUAAAUAAUGUAGGAAAUCUGAAGAUGGAAUUAUUCGAAUUGAAACAUUUGCUUGGCAUGCGUUAA